CGCUCGGGGCCGGCCCGUCCCACAGCCGCAGCCGCAGCGCGCCGGGCCGGCGGCACCGCGCCCGACAAGCCGCACUGAAGGGCGUGGGGCAUGCGCUGCCUGCGCCGGCCGCAGCGGGAGGCGCCGGCGACGGCGAGGCCAGAUAAAUGGCUCAUUUAAACUGGGAGCUACUGAAAUACUCUCUGGCUGGCAAAUGCAGUGCCUAGCAGCAGUCAUCAAGGACGAACCAAACAUGAGUGGUGGAGGGGAGCAGGUCGACAUUCUCCCGACCAACUACGUGGUCAAAGAUCGCUGGAAAGUGCUGAAGAAGAUCGGUGGAGGUGGCUUUGGGGAGAUCUAUGAGGCAAUGGAUUUGCUGACCCGUGAGAAUGUGGCCUUGAAGGUGGAAUCAGCUCAGCAGCCCAAGCAAGUUCUCAAGAUGGAAGUGGCUGUCCUGAAAAAGCUGCAAGGGAAGGAUCAUGUUUGCAGAUUCAUUGGCUGUGGAAGAAAUGAAAAGUUUAAUUAUGUGGUCAUGCAGCUUCAGGGCAGAAAUCUUGCAGAUCUCAGAAGGAGUCAGCCUCGAGGGACUUUCACACUGAGCACAACGCUGCGAUUGGGCAAACAGAUUCUGGAAUCAAUAGAAGCCAUUCACUCUGUGGGAUUCCUGCAUCGGGACAUCAAGCCUUCCAACUUUGCCAUGGGCCGGUUACCUUCAACGUACAGGAAGUGCUACAUGUUAGACUUUGGGCUGGCCCGCCAGUACACCAACACUACUGGGGAAGUUCGACCACCUCGCAACGUUGCCGGUUUCCGAGGAACCGUCCGCUAUGCCUCUGUGAAUGCACACAAAAACAGGGAGAUGGGCAGACACGAUGAUCUGUGGUCCCUCUUUUACAUGUUGGUGGAGUUUGCUGUUGGUCAGCUUCCAUGGAGAAAGAUCAAAGAUAAGGAGCAGGUUGGCAUGAUAAAAGAAAAGUAUGAACACCGAAUGCUGCUAAAACACAUGCCUUCAGAGUUCCACCUUUUCCUGGAUCACAUUGCAAGCCUAGACUACUUCACCAAGCCAGACUAUCAGCUAAUCAUGUCGGUUUUCGAGAACAGCAUGAAGGAAAGGGGCAUCACUGAGAAUGAAGCCUUUGACUGGGAGAAGGCUGGUACAGAUAUCUUGUUGUCCACUAGCACCUCAACUCCACCACAGCAGAACACCAGGCAAACAGCAGCCAUGUUUGGGGUGGUUAAUGUCACUCCGGUACCCGGGGACCUGCUCCGUGAGAACACUGAGGAUGUCCUGCAGGGAGAACAUUUGAGUGAUCAAGAGAACGCUCCUCCCAUCCUGUCAGGUCGGCCAGUGGAAGGCCUUGGGCAGGCUCCAAACACGGCUUUCAACGAGGGUGAAGUUUGGGAAGAGACAGAUGUGAAUCGCAACAAACUCAGGAUCAGCAUCAGCAAAACUCAGUGCAUGGUGGAAGAGGAGCAGAGAAACGGGGUGUGCCCCAGUUCCCCAGUCCGAGUGCCUCCGGAGUCCCCGACCGCACAAGUGCGCUCCCUCCGCUACCGCCGCGUCAACAGCCCCGAGUCAGAGCGGCUCUCCACAGCUGAUGGAAAAGCAGAUCCACAUGAAAGAAGGUCUCGAAUGGACAUCCCUGGCUCUCCAUCCCGGCUCGUGUGCUCCUCGCAGCCAGCCCAGAUGCUGUCCAUCGACACAGGCCAGGCUGACCGGCAGGCCAGCGGCAGGAUGGACGUGUCGGCCUCCGUGGAACACGAAGCCCUCAGCAACGCCUUCCGCUCAGUGCCGCUGGCGGAGGAGGAGGACUUUGACAGCAAGGAGUGGGUUAUCAUUGAUAAGGAGACAGAGCUGAAGGACUUCCACCCCGGUGCUGAGCCAAGCACCUCUGGAACCACGGAUGAGGAGCCCGAGGAACUGAGGCCUAUUGAAGAUGGGGAGGAGAGAAGGCGCCUGGGGGCAGAUGCUGCAGUGAGGCCGAAGACUCAUGAUGGGCGAAGUCGGGGUAUGCUGCCUGUGACUGAGGAGGACAGUUCCCAUAGACAUGAAGGACCUUCUCAAACAGUGUCUGACAGUAGACAUGAACAGCAGACAGGAAGUCCAGCCCACUCUCCCUUACAUUCAGCACCAGCCCUCCGACAAAGGAGACGAGAAUCUGAACCUACUGGUCCUCAGAGACAGGCAUACAUGCUGAAGUCAUUUGAAAUAAAUGGCCUGCCGAAGGCGGUCCCUUUAAGUUUGCCUUACCAAGACUUCAGAAAAGAUAUGUGCAACUACUGGGAAAAGCCUAAGUUAUCCCAGCGGAUAAAGAAAGUUGAUUUUUCAAAUAUUGUCUUGACUGCUCCUUGCAAACCUCUGGAACCUUAUCUGGAAAUGAAUGGAAAAGAGGAGGAGGAGGAGGAGGAAGAAGAGGAGGAAGACUAUGAGGAGGAGGAAGAUGAGCAGGACGAGGGAGAGGAGGAGGAGGAGGGCAAUGAGAUUGACAUGCACAGUGAUUCCAGCAGCGACCUGAGUCAGAAGAGCACGGAGCGCAGCCAGGAGUGCGCUCCGUCCACGCUCCUGGCUGAUGACCAGAAGGGCUCCAAGGGUCGAGCAUCCACUGCUGAUGGGGACCUGGAGCUGGAGGAAGGCUCAAAAACUUUAGUGCUGUUUUCACCAGGCGAUCUGAAGAAGUCUCCAGUGGCUGCAGAGUUACCUCCAGAAGUCGAUCUGGGCACUCUUGCUGCACUGACACCUCAGAGCGAGCGGCCGCAGCCCAUGGGGAGCCAGCUGGAUGUGUCUGAGCCAGGGACCCUGUCCUCAGUCCUUAAAUCAGAACCAAAGCCUCCCGUGGCAGUGGCUACAGCCUCCUCCCCGUUCACCAAAGUGGAGCGCACGUUUGUUCACAUCGCUGAGAAGACCCACCUGAACGUGAUGUCCUCCAGCGGGCAGCUGAUGCGGCACGAGGAGCACGGUCCCCCAGGGCAGUUCGAGGAGGUCAUCGUCGAGGAGGAGCUGGAGGAGAACCUGGUGCUGGUGGAGAAUGGCAGCAUUCAUUCCGGGCUGGAAGGGGCAGAGACGGAGAGCUGCGCGCUGUCGGCCAACCACGCAGAAACCACCUCAGAGACCGUGGGAGAGCAGCCAGCCCUUCCCAAUGGCAUGCCAAAGCUUCCCGAGGAAAAGCCAGAGCCCUCUGGCAAAGCAGAGCUCUCACUGGACUUGGAAGAGCCUGCCAAGGUGGCUACAAGGGAGCCUGGCCUGGAGAAGGCAGCACCAGCGACAGAGCACCUGAAGCAAGCAGAGACCGUCCUCGAGACACCGCAGCCGGGCCCCAGGAGGCCGCUGGGCUCCCGGUACAGGAGCCGGAUACCCAUUUUGUUCUCUGAGGAGGACACUGGCUCAGACCUUUCAACUUCACUCUCAGCCAAAGAAAGGCUUUAUAAGAGGGCAAAGCAACCCGAUCUGGCUCGCCUGGUGAUGGAGAAGAGACAGAGCCGCCUCCUGCGGCUGGCCUCAGGUGCCUCCUCCUCGGCCUCCUCCAGCGACGAGCGGCGCCGAGCCUCCGAAACCCUGUCAGCCACCGGCUCCGAGGAGGACACCCACGACUCUGAUGACUCCAUCCCACGGAAGGGAGAGAGGAAGGCUGCGCUGCUGGGGAGAGAAGAGAGAGCCAUAAGCACAAGGAGCAGAAUUCCUCGCCCCAUCGUGCCGGUGAAAACGCCGCUGGAGGCGGUGAGGUUGGAGAGCUCCGUGGCUGCUGCGGUGGCAGGGCUGGGCAGCUCCCCACAGGAUGCAGCUGCUGCCUGCAGGCUUCAGACACAGAGACCAGCUGGGAGCGUCCCAUCUGAGGGCCGAACAACACAGGUACAAAGCCGGCUUCCUUCGUCACCGAGCUCCACUUCUCUUCCUCCACGGAGCAGCUCGCAGAGGCCCAGUGGUGCAUCCCCUCGGAGCCCCGUCCUUCCUUCCAGGAACCCCAGCACUUCCCCCAGAAGCCAGCUGCUGCCUCGGAGGGAAAGUCCUUCUCCCUGCCGACAGCACAAACCAGGGACUGCUCCUCAGCGAGUUCCUACUUCCCCCCGACCUCAGCCCUCAGCUCAGGCCCCGGGGCCUACAGGAGAUUCCCUGCCAUCUCCUGGCGUGGCCAAAAAACGACAAAGAGGAAAAACCCAGACUCAAAGUCCAGCAACCAAAGGAAAGCAGGUGUCCCUGGAAAGUAAGGCAGCUGCCAGAUAAUGACCUUCCUCUGCGAGCCCAGCAGACUGGGUAACUUCUGCAUAUAGUAUACACUUGAGAUGCUGCAGCACAGCCUUCCAUGCUGGACCCACGAGUGUAUAGCAGUAGCUGUACUUGAAUGCUUCACUCACUCUCACCCCACACUGCAAUCAGCUCCCACGGGCCUGGCAGCCUCUGAGCCACGGAGCCUUUCCAAGGGAGACCCCCGCAGCUCACGCUUGCUAACGCACAGCACCCAGCCGUGACCCAGUGCCUGACCUGCCUCCCUCCCCAGGGAUUCUCCUCCCCGUUAGCAAUACCAGUCCUCAACACCGACUCCAGCUGUGGAAGGAGGAGCAGAGGUGACAAGAGCAAGGCCUGCUAAAGAGGAAGGCUCCUGUCCUUCAGGCAGCUCCUUCCUUUCUCCUUGCUGGGAAAACACCAGCCUUGGUCUCUGCCAUUUCCCUGAGUGUUGGCUCACCUCCCACCGCCUGUGUUAGCAAGGGAUUGCCACUAGCUUAUUCAAGAGGGAUGGAUGCAUCCUUGUGUGCUAAGAGAAGGGGUAAGGAGGGGAGGGCUCUUCUCUCCUUUUCAGAGGUGCCUCUACAGGUGGGAAUUGGGAGACAGGCAGGUCUUGCUGGAUGCUCCCACCUGCUCCAGUAUGUCCCACAGAGGAGGCUGUCUGGCAUUGCUUCUCAGACACUGCUGCUGUUUCAGCAGAUGCCUCUGUGGUGGGUGCUUAGGUGGAAGUAGAGAUGUGUUGGCAGCUUGCUGGGAAAUCAGGAGUUCUUGCUAAUUAAUGUAGAAGGGAGCACACUGCAGCCACAUCUGUCACAAAUACCAAACUGUGAUCUGUGGACAUCACAUCCCCCAGCAAGGGAGGUUCCUCUCAGCCUGGGCAUGGUUGGUGCCACAGACCUGCAGUGCACCAAACACAGCUCCAUUGUGAGGAUGUGGAUAGUCACUGGAUGCCUUUAGCCUGGGUGCCCCUUGCACCUGAAUUCCUUGUGUUUUAUUGUCACGCUCUUGGUGUUUGUGAAUUUUGGCACUGUGGUUGAAAGUUCCCCUACAGGGCAGGGUGGGAAAUGAUUAUCCUGUGGCGUACCCAAAACCUGCUGCUUUGCAAUGAGAGGUUUGCUGGCAUGCCAUGGCCAUGGCAUUUCUAUCUGAGGGGACAGUGGCUUGAGGGGCAGAGGUGGGGUUUAUGUCUUUUCCUUGAUGCUCACCUCUGCCACGCGUUGAGGAUGAACAAUGUGAACGUAAAAGCAAGGGCUGUGCUCUUCAAGUAAUAUUAUCUGAGCAUAAGCUAACACUCGGCUAGAGCUAAAUCAACCGACUGUUUAGCCCCCAGACUAAUUAGGAAGGCUUGAAAGUGAAAGCAAGGAGGGCUGGUACCUGUCUGAUCUUGAUGAGAUCUUGAAGUAGACAAAAUUCUCCCCACACCUCACAGAAGAAAACACUCCAGACCCAAAUACUUUGUGCUUCACACCAUUGUCAUGCCUAAAAGAGGCACUGCAUGAGACAGAACGAAUAUACAGCUGCUCUGUACACCUAUUCCUGCAGUUGCAACUACCUGCAAAUUUACUAUUUGCAGACAACAAAGCUUGACAGAGGAAUCUGAACAGUAAUGACCUUGAUUCAUUUGAACAUGAAUGCAAACAGUCACACACUGAUGGCCAUCAAGUUCAAGGAAUCCCGAAGCUGCUCAUAUCUGCAGGAGUCCUGGAAAGGAGGAUGAGAGCUGUGACAGGGUGUCAGGGAGAAAAUCCUUGCACACCUGAACAGGGAAAUGUGUAGAAACAGGAGACAGGAAUUACCCCUUCACGUAACAGUCUCAGUGUUGCCAACACUAAUUCAUUUCACCCAGCUCAGAGUGUUUUCCAUUGAUUUCCAAACAUGCCCUCAUCUUUGCAGAGCAGCACUGGGAACUCAGAGGGAGCUCAGCCUGUGGUCUGAUGGACUGAGCUGAUGUUGCCAUCAAAAGCAACAUCCCUCCAAGUUCCAGCUGUUUUGUUGCACAGUUCCACCACAUUUACAGUGCAGCAGCAAUUUGAUAAAUGGCUGGAAAUGCUGAUCCAGCACAACACAAACUGCUCUGAUUCACCAGUUUCUUUUUCAUCUGGUUCAUUUCAUCACUCUGGUUCACCAUUUGGUCCCACAACAAAAGAAGGACGCACAGAGACUGUGACCACUUCUUCUGGUGGCAUUAAAACUUUGUCUGAGUUUGAAGUGUGGGUCAGACUAGAACCUAAGUAUGCGCUGCAGGUUUAGAAACUAGAAAACAGAAUAAACUCAAAGACAGAUUCUUUCCAGAAAUAUAAAUCAUAAUGGGACUCCUAUUAAUUUAUUGAAGGUCUAUUAAUUUUAGAGUACUUAGAUGGUAAGACUUGGUUGUGAAGCUUUUACCAGUUGGUCCAUCCAUGUCUUAAUGCACAUGCCAAAAAUGACAUUGAAAGAGCUUUGAAAGAGGACUACAGGAUUAUUAACAGGGUUAGCAAACCUGCCUGAUCAUGGGAAGCCAAUAAAGCACAAUCAGUGUAUUUGUUCAGGAAAAAGUUUAAGGGACAGUUUUCUGUGGCCCAAUGUCAGAAAGGAAACUCCAGGGCAGACACAAGGCUGGGUUGGACAGGGCACUGAGCAUCCUGGUCUAGUGGAAGGUGUCCUUGCCCAUAGCAAGGGGCUGAAACUAGAUGGUCUUUAAAGUCCCUUCCAACCCAAACCAUUCUCUGGUUCUGUGGUCUUCCUCUGGCUCAUGAAAGCAGGGAAGUCAGAACAGCCAAGAACAGCAGAUGAAGAAAUUGGGCAGGCUUUUAAUUGUGAAGCAACCAUCCAGUGAAGUCUUUCACAGGACUGUGGGGACUUUCUUUAUUAAAAGGUUUCUGUGAAACUGAGCUGUCUUCUAAGAGGUCUAUCUACCAUGACCCCACCACAAGAAGCAGACAGGAUUCUGGUGGCACCAAGGUACCAUCUCCCUCUGUGGUGCAGCAGAUUCCUGGUCCCACUGGGAUAUAUGCCAAAGCUGGGAUAUACUGGAGAGCCACCUGGCAGGUCCCACAGGUUUCAGAAAGCAAGGGAAAGAUGGCCAGCACAGCUGGACAUCAGGCACAGGUCUAUGCUGAACUGAGCAAGAGUAAUAGAUCUGAAUGGCUCCAAACCCAGUGGUGUAUUAUGCUUUUUGCCCCUGAAAUUUUUGCU